UUUCUGGCAGAUGUAGGUUACAAAAAGGUGCUGGUUUCUAGGGAGACAGAAAGGGGAAAACAGUCGUCUGGGGGGAAGAUGUGAAAGAGGAGAGCUUGUCAGGUGCGCUGUUGUAGGAAAGCAUGAGAGAGAAGAGAGAUGAAAGUAUGAUGAGAGAUCUCUCUGGGAUGUAUGAUGGAAGGACUGGGAAAGGAGAGAUCCAUUUGCAGUUCUAAACACUUUACAUGGCUCAGUCACCCCAACGCAGAGGCCUCAACUUUGCUCUGGAAAUUCAAAGACUGCUUCACCACCUAUGAGAAAACUACCCCUCCACACACAGACAAACAAAACGAUUACAUGGACAGCAGAAAGGCUGUGCUGGAUUUGAAAGAUGUCCCCCCUCCUCCACACCAUACCUCCUCCCAGUCAUCCCAGCUCUUCCCUCUGGCCCCUCUCCCUUUGCCCCCUCCCUGCUUGCCUCCUCCUCAGCUUCCACAAGACUGCCACCAACAGCAACCAUCACAACAGCAACAAGAGGGGGCUAGCCCCAAAGUAAGCAUUUGCACUCAUUGUGAUUAUUACAGCACAGAGGGAUAUGGGGUAUUAAGUGGCGGAGGUGGUAUCAGCAGUAAUAAUGGCAUUAGUAGUGUUGUCUCGCUUUAUAUGACUCCAGGCACUCUGGAGGCCCCCAGCAGUGGUAGUAGCACCAGGCCUGGGGCUUGUUCUAUAGCUUCAUCCCCUCAUUCAUGCCAACACAACCAUAGCUGUGGAAACAGAGGUGAAGCCCCUGACACUCUGCACAAUAUUGGAGGUUACAAACCGCAGCUGUCAUCUUCUGUGUCCACCUCCCAGCCCAAGUCAUCUCACUCCUACCUCCCCUGCUGUACAGGGCUUCUCCAAACCUACCCCAUUGUCCCUCUUCCAUGCAGUCAGCCCAGCCUAUUCCCUUCCUCAGCCCCUCUGGCUUCCUCUGUACCCUCUGUCUCCUCUCUUCCUACCCCCAUGCAUGGCUCUUGCCUGGCCUCUUCUGGCUGCUACCCCUGCGGUGUGGACUGCAGCCCCACAGCCAGGGGAACCCAGAGACCCACAGCACAUGGUGACCACCCAACCACCACCACCACCACCACAGCACACUUCUACUCUAAUCCUAUGCACCUAAAUGUAGAACGCACAGUUUGUCUGAAGGGGGCACACUACUGCCAGGAGUGCUUGUUGAAGCCAAUGAAUGGUCUGGUGUCUGAGUCAGACAAGGUGUGGGCCAGUGUUCCCCUCCCCCCUCCCCAGACUGCCCCAAUUCCCAUUCCCAUGUGUAAUGGCUGUGGCACCUCCUCUGAUGCCAUGCUGCUAAUGCCAACGACUGGCCUGGGCAAGACUGGCCAGAAGUAUGGUUCUCCAGAGAGUAGCGCUCCAGAUAACAUCCCUCCAGUGGGUGUGUUCUGGGACAUUGAGAACUGCAGUGUACCCAGUGGGCGCUCAGCUGUUGCUGUGGUCCAGCGUAUCCGCAGCCGAUUCUUCCAGGGACACCGUGAGGCAGAAUUCAUUUGUGUCUGUGAUAUCAGCAAAGAGAGUAAGGCUGUCAUCCAAGAGCUCAAUAACUGCCAGGUGACUGUUGCACAUAUCAACGCCACUGCCAAGAACGCUGCAGAUGAUAAGCUUCGCCAGAGCCUACGGCGUUUUGCUGAGACCCAUACUGCACCUGCUACUGUUGUACUUGUGUCUUCGGAUGUGAACUUCGCAAGUGAGUUGAGUGACCUGCGUCAUCGCCAUGGUUUCCAGGUAAUCCUGGUUCAUGGCAGCCAUACAUCCCCUGCCCUACUACAGCACGCACAUCGCCAUGUGGCCUUCCAGGAGAUCACCGCUGAUCUUCCACCACGUAUGCCCAUGAAAGCACAGCCUAGUUUCAACCUCCUCUAUGUGCACAACCUUCCUGUCAACUGUGACAAGAGCCUCCGGAACGCCGUGAAGCUCAGGCUCCGCCGCCUGUCUGACAACUGUGGUGGCAAGGUGCUGGGUGUGUCCCAGGGCACAGGAGUCCUCCGCUUCAGCAGCCUGGAGGCAGCUGAGCGCGCACGCAAGCGCAUGGAAAAUGAGGAUGUGUUUGGCCACCGCAUCAGCCUCUCCUUCUCCCCGCGGCCCAAAGAUGAUACAAGUCCUGAGCCUCAGCCCCAUCCCAUGCUCGAGUCCCAGACUCUACCCGAGUCCUGUCUGACCCAGGAUACUUUGUUCACCCCUCCCCCACCAUUGUCAUCCUUCUCUUUUCUACCCCUGGAGAAGCCCAGGUCCCCCAGGAGGCCACGGCGAACAACACGCCCAUGCCAGACCCCUGGCCCUGUGCCUGAAAGGCCCUACAGCCCCAGGAGGGGUUGCAGUGGGCCUCCCGGUGGUGCCCCAGCCAAGCCCCAUCAGGAGCUGGGUGGUGUAGAGGCUAAGCCCAAGAUGACUUUCCACCACCUGGACAAAGGGCGCACUGCCUCCUCUUCCCCUCACAGCAACGGUGAGACACCAGCCCUGGAGCAGCUGCCCAAGCCUGGCCUCAUUGGAGAGUCCAUGUACAGGAGAAGAAGAGAGUGCUCCAGUCCUCGCAGUGCAACAGAGUCGCCGCUUGAGCGAGGGGACAGGAGCUCUGGAGAGUUCCAUGUUAGCACACCCUCAGCCUUCAGCAAGUUGAACCUGCACAGGAGCUUCAGUCCCUUGGUCCUCUCCCAGGGGUCCUGGUCCUCUAGGAGUGGAUCCCCUUGUUUGUCCAGCCGCUCCUCACCUCUCCUGGCUGCCCCUCGUAGCCCUGGUCCUGAAGGGCCUGCUGAACCUUUCUCAGAAGGGGCAGAGGUCCAGGUGGCCAACCUGGAUUACAGAAUGUCCCGCAAGGAUCUGCAGCAGACACUACAUGACACCUUCUCUCGAUAUGGCAGGGUGAAAGGUGUGGAGCUUAGCCCCCACACUGACUACCAGCUGAAGGCAACAAUCCAGAUGUCAUCCCUACAGCAGGCCAUUGGUGCUGUGAGUGGCCUGCACCGUUACAAGAUAGGAGGCAAACGCAUUCAUGUGUCUCUCAUCACUGGGGGUAGCAGCAAAUCCCUCGGCAUGCUCAGUUCAGAGAUUAUCUGCAUUCUUCAGGAUGCACCUGCAAAUUGCCUUCCCCUUUUCAAAUUCACUGAGAUCUAUGAGAAAAAAUAUUCCCGCAAGCUCAUUGUUGGGGAUCUGUACAGGCUGCCAGAGGUGGUGGCAGUGCGGGAACAAGGAGGCUCCAGGCUCGUGUGCCUUCUGCCCAGCAGCCAAAUCCGCCAGAGUCCCUUGGGCUCUUCCCAGUCCCAGGAGGGCUCCUCCUCAACCAGUGGCAGCCCUGUGGUAUUUGAGGAGCUUGAGUAUCAUGAACCAGUGUGCCGACAACACUUCACACAGCAAGACUUCAGUGAGGCUGACUUUGACCCAGACUCCUAUAAAAUCCCAUUCGUGGUGAUGUCUCUGAGCACCUUGGCCUCUCAAGUCCACAGUCUAUUGCAGUCACAUGAGGGCACCCUUCCACUGCUCAGUUUUCCAGACUGCUAUGCAGCAAAGUUCAGUCCUCUCAGCUUGGGGGAUGAGACAGUGGAGGGUGGUGUUCCCCUGGAGCACCUCAUCACCUGUAUUCCCAGCAUCACCAUUGUCACUGCCCAGAAUGGUUUCAAAGUCAUCAAGUGGGUCAACAACAAACCACCAGCACCCAACUCUGAGCCAUGGAUGCAGCGUUGCAAAAGCCCAGUGGGCAACCCUCAGCUCAUCCAGUUUAGCCGGGAGAUUAUUGACCUGUUGAAGAGCCGGCCAUCCUGCAUGAUGCCUAUCAGCAAGUUCAUUCCCUCCUACCACCAUCACUUUGCCAAGCAGUGCCGUGUCUCUGACUAUGGUUACUCCAAGCUGUUGGAGCUGCUGGAGGCUGUGCCACAUGUCCUGCAGAUUCUAGGCAUGGGAACCAAGCGCCUGUUGACCCUGACCCAUCGUGCCCAGGUGAAGCGCUUCACCCAGGAUUUACUCAAACUGCUCAAAUUUCAAGCCAGCAAGCAAGUGGCCAUCAAGGACUUCAUGCAGGCAUACCACUGGUGCUUCUCCAGAGACUGGCGGGUCAUCGACUAUGGCAUAUGUGACCUGAUGGACCUGCUGGCAGAGAUCCCCGACACCACAAUCACCAUAACUCAGCAGGACAUGGACACAGUCAUAUCUGUCCCAAAGCGAGAGCGCACAGUGGAGGAAAUGGAGCGCACCAAGCAGUUUGGGAAGGAGGUGGUGGACCUGUUACGUCACCAACCUCACUGCCGAAUGCCCUUCAGCAAGUUCAUCCCCACCUACCACCACCACUUUGGUCGUCAGUGCAAGCUCACUUACUACGGUUUCACCAAACUCAUGGAGCUCUUUGAGGCCAUCCCUGAAGUACUAAUGGUGCUGGAGUGUGGUGAGGAGAAGAUGCUAACUCUGACAGAGGUGGAGCGUGUGAAGGCUCUGGCUGCACAGCUGGUCAAGCUGCUCCGGGCCCAGAAGAACUCCAGUUUGCCUGUCAGCCACCUGCUCACCGAGUACAGCAAGACCUACGGCUAUGGUCUGCGCCUGCAGGACUAUGACGCCAGCUCACUGCCUGCUCUGCUGGCCAAACUCUGCCAUGUGGUCAAGGUGGUGGAUGGUUUGGAGGGUCGUGAAGUGCAGCUUAUCAACAGGAAGUCUCUGCGCUCACUGACCUGCCAGCUACUGGUCCUGCUCAUGUCCCAGGAAGAGGAUCAAACAGCAAAGGGACUGAAGGUGAGCGAGCUGAGCCAGCACUACCAGGCCAUCCACAGAGCCCAGCUCAACCCCUGUGAAUAUGGUUUCCUGUCCCUGAGUGAACUACUUAAGAGCCUGCCUUACCUUGUGGAGUUGUACCAUGAGAAUGUUGUUGAAGACAGUGAAUCUGGCAACGGUGCCAGUGGUCAAGGUGAGGAGUGGGUGAGGCUGACCAGGCUUUACCAGUUUGCUCGUAAAGUGCGCGCCCUGCUCCACACCUAUCAUUACAACCAGAUCUUCCUUACUGAGUUCCCUGUGGCAUACAACAAGUUUACAGGCAGCAAUCUUCAGCCACGUUCUUAUGGCUACACCAGCACUGAUGAGCUGCUCAGUGCCAUUCCACAGGUGGUCUGGAUCAAAGGACACGGUCACAAGAGGAUUAUUGUUUUGAAGAACGAUAUGAAAGCAAGGGCAAGCUCUGCAGCCUCUGACAGCCCACAGUCAGAGGAAAACAAGGAGAGCCCGAGAGACAGCCCCUGUAGCAACGCAAACUCUGGAACUCACAGUCCAGAUGGUGAUGUAGCAGUGGAGUCAGAGCUGCUGUGUCUGACCUCUCAAGUUGACCUGCUGUGUGGUCCUGUGCCAUCCUGUCUGCCCUCGCCCCAACUCCACCCUGACCCCGUGCUCCUGCAGCAGGCUGACCUCAUUCGCUUUGAGGAGAGGACUCCACCAUCGUCCACAGAGAGUGAUAACCUUGAGGUGGCAGCCGUAGCGGUGGGUGACAGCACAUCCGAUCCUCCUGAAAGCAAAGAUGCCAGUAGGGUGGAUGAGCAGCCUCCGGUACCUCCACAGCCGCCCAACAUGAACAGCUCCUCCGUGGACAGCCCCAGCAGACGGGCACCGCGCAGCAAAAUCAAGCUAGCUGCUAACUUCUCAUUCACAACAGGUCCCUGACAGCCCUCUCAUUCACGCAUAGUCAUACAAUCUCACACACAUAAAUGGUAGUUCACACACAACUCGAAAUAGCAGAGUUGACCGGCUACACUUCAAAUGAAAUGGCCCCUGGAGAGCAUUGAUAUCGUCCCCUCUACUUUAAAACAGGCUGUUGCUUUCUUCUGUUCCCUUCUCACUAUCGCUCACCAUCUUGUUCUCUUUCUUUGCUCUUUUCACCAUCAGUGUGGUCUCGCCAUGUAGCUCACCAAGCUGUGAUUUUCCUCUUGCAGAUUUUCUGCAAGUCUUUUAUUUGCCAAAUUCAUCUACCCUCUGAUUCUAUAUUUGGGGAAGUUUGAUUGUAUACAUACAAAAAUAUGCACUUAACAUGUACCACUUUCAAUUCAGAGCCAUACUGAGUCAUACUGCACUUAUUGUUUUACAGUGGACAAUGAAUGCGGAACCUUAAAAUGAUGAGUUAGUUGGCACUGUAUGCAGAAUGCUAACAUUGGGAGAAAUGCUAGAGAUGAAAAACAAAGCCCCCCUCUAAAAUCCCUAAUAUUUUGCUACCCAUACUCCCAUGCUCCCAAAUUAUAGUAUUUAAGAUUAACAGAAAAAAGUCUGUAGAAAAUUUUUAGGUUCACAUGUGCCAUUAUAUUAGAGAAACCGUCAUAUUUACUUACUGUUCUGCUGUAUCUCCAAAAAAGACAGACCAUUUAAUUUAUUAUGACUUCAACUCAUUUUAGAUUUUUAGGGUUGUCACUUUUCUAGCAGCCACAGAGAUGGCAUUUACGUGUAUUAAUAUGAACAGCUGGCCAUUUCAUUAUUUCAGUCUUUUCUUAGGCAAUGACUAACAUAAUGUUUUUGCUCUUUAGAUUUGUAAGAGGUAGUUUCUCUUUGAGGUAUGAUCUUGUCUUUUGUCUCGGACGUAAAGUUGCCUAAAGCCAGUGUUUUUCUUCCUUUCUCCGAAUGCAGGUUGGUAGUCUGGAGAGGAGUUGGGCCUAAAUGAAUGGGGUAUUAGGUGGCAAUGUGAUGAUGGGACUGAAGAGAUAAACAUUUGAACUGGCAGUCAGUGGUCCUCAAACGCUGCUAGCUUGGAUAUAAGGGUUUUUGGUAGGUGAUGCAGCCAGCACUGCUCUUUAACAUGUCAGAGGAAUUUUGAUUCCUGCAGAAUUUUGACUUUCUGGUAAAAAGUUUAGGCUUGUCUUUCCAUGGCUACUCAUAAAAGCCUGAAAAGGAAAGGGUGGUCCAAAAAAGCUAGGGCCAAGUAUGUGCUUAGAUGGCAGUAACAAAGAUAUGAUUUCAUUGUGCAUCUGCCAGCGAGCAGCCAACUUGUGUUCUUUUAGCUGUAAUUGUCUGUUUGCGGUUUACACACGAGUAGGUGGUGUGAAAUAUGCAUGGCGUGCAUAAAUGACUUUAUGCAUGGUGUAAACCCAGGAGGAGCAGAAAAGAACAGAUGAUGGCAAGACAUUUUUUACAGUCAGUAGUUUGAUUUCCACCACAUUUUAGGGAUCUUACAGUUGACAUCACCCCUGCAGCUGCCACACAGAUGCUCAAGGUUGUUUGGGUUAACCUUGUUGCUAGGAGGCACUGCAUCUGCGGUGGUGUCCACACUGCCUAAGUUGACGAGUUCGAGGGGAGCAUUGAGCACUCCUGAGUUUUGAUUUUUAACGGCAAGGUGAAAGAGUUGGCAUUUUUAGGGAGAGGUGACUGGAUGGUGAGGUGGUAGGCUCUUUGUGGACCAGCACAGGGGCUGCAUGGUGCCCCCUGUACUGAAGGUGAUGUACACAGAGAGGACCCUCUGCGGCUCUCUGGAAUCUGCCUGGCUUUUACAAUGGCUUGUAUUGGCCACAGUGCUGAAGGAAUAGCUAUCAGGUACCUUUACCACUCCUCACAUCUCAGUCUUGAAGAGUUUUACUUACUGAUGUGUGUUCAUUUUCUGUCUUCCUCCGUCUCAAAUGUUAAUGAGAGUGCUGGCUGUGCAUUUGCCACCAAAUAAAACGUCUGCUGCCCACUGAGGCCAGCAUGACCCAGGCACUACUGAGGCAAAGGGUUCGUGUUCAGAGAAAAUGUUCGUAGAAUGGGUAAGGGCCCAUUUCAUCAACUUUUGCCCAAUUUCAGCAUUUUCCUGUUUAAAAAUGUUACGAGUUUUCUUGUCAUCAGACUUGACUUUAACUUUAUGUUUAAAGCCUUUAUAGAUAUGAAAUCUCACCUGCCCAGUUUCAGUGUUGGAUUACAUUGACCACUUGUUAAAUUGCCCUAAAUGCAAAUCGAACUGUUUUUAAUUUGGGCUGUUAACAAAUGACUAAAUAUGGCUUAUAGGUCUCUCUCUCAUAAUAUUUUAAUGACUGUCUUGAAAUCUCUUUCAUCAAGCAACGAGCAGUCAGAAUUGGUAAUGAUCCAAAGUGACUUAAAUGCCUUCAGGAAAUGUAUAGGUUCAACUUUGUUUGGCAGUAAAAAAUGAAUUAGUUUUUGUAUUUGAGUGAAGCCUAGCUCUACCCCAAAGUGCUGCAGUGACAACUAACUCAGAGGAUUGAAAAAGAACUUCUCUGUUUAGCUUUCCCUCUUCAGUUUGGUUACAUCACUGAGAAUCUAUUGUACUGGUCAAAAUAUGCACUUUUGCAUAGUUUUGGUUCAUGAAAGAUGUGAAUUGGUUUGUUAGGGAGGCAGGAUGAUUUUUUUCUUUCUUUGCCUCUGAGGUUUAAGGAUAUUUCUUCGUUGGAUUCAGCUGUCUCAUUCUGUCAUGCCUAUGUCAUGUUUACAUUACACAUCAGCUGUUCUAGAAUCCUAUGUGUUCUACUGUUCUAGAAUCCAUUUUAUAGAACUUUGUUCAUUCAUAAUUCUGCCCUGUGAUGUCUUUAUUUCCACUCGGUUCUCUCUCUGAUGUGCCCUCCCGUCAGUUUCUCGAUUCCUCUGCCUCACUGUACCAGAAGUUGCUCAAACAGUCUAACAAUGUUGAAGGGACCAAUUUGAUUUGUUAAUAAAUUUCACAAGCAUCA